AGGUAUGUCACUCCAGUCAUGCAUGGGUUGUGAAAGGGCGGGCACCUGGCGUGAUACUAGAGUGAACUAGAGUACGGGCAUGAACUGGUGGUUUGGGGUGACGGUUCUGACGGCUGUGGUCGGAGGUGGCUACUUUCGAUACUUUGUUUAGGUCUGCAUUGCCCACACCAGGUCAGUAAGGAUGGGACGACUCUGGACGCGGAUAGUGGGAGUGUAGCAGGGAGGUGACCUACUUGGCGUGUGUGUACAACACGCAUCUCUCAUCAUGGGAGCCAGAUGGACAUAUGUGCUUCUAGUCGUCCACCUUACAAGUCUGCUUUUGAUGUCCAAAGGCCAGACAUGCUUCUUCACGGAGAUUGCAAGACAGAAGGGAUCUGAGAUGCUGCACAGUGACUCUGCGAACACGACGGACGUGAGUGCUUGCAAGACUCUCUGUAACACGACGGAGUUGUGUAUAGCGGGAGAAUUCCUCUCCACCACGAACACGUGUCACAUCUACCUGGUGGAGACAACUCUCACUGGUCAAACUGAGACGAUGUUCUUUCAGUGGAACUGUACUUACGAAACAGCGACAACUGCGACUACAACAGCAUCUACGACUACAAUGCAAACGACUACAACUACAACGCAACCGACAACAACUACACCUACAACUACCAUGCAAACGACUACAACUACAACGCAGCCGACUACAACUACUACAUCUACAACUACAAUGCAAACAACUACAACUGCAACGACUACCACCACCAUGCAACCGACUACAAUUACAACGACUACAACUACAAUGCAACCGACUACAACUACUACACCUACAACUACAAUGCAACCGACUACAACUACAACGGCUACAACUACAAUGCAACCGACUACAACUACAACGGCUACAACUACAAUGCAACCGACUACAACUACCCCGACCACUUCUACAACGACAUCAAGAACAACGCCUACUGCAACUACCACUACGACAACAACUCCUGCAUCAAUGACGACUAUCACGCCAACUCUCGACAGGAAACGUUCUAGUCCUCAAUAUCGUACGGAGGGUGCGAUAGCAUCCGCCGUCGCAAGCUUUGCCGUCCUCCUCUGUAUCCCCAUCCUGAUGUACAUCAUCUUGUCCAGACGGACAUUAUACAUAAUGGUACUCAUACGGAGAAUCGAACCCAGGACUUCGAUAGAAAGUCAAGACGGCAGGGAAGACAACGGGAGAUGGGUCAUUGAGUGAGUGAAUGUUUAGCUAUGCUGGAAUCAUCUUUUGCUCCACUGGAACUAUCACUUGAAGUGUGUCAUCAGAUGUUGGAAGAAAGUGAAAAGUGACACUUUUGAUGACGCCCCACAAUGAAUAGUUUGGUGCUGGCAGAACAAGAUCCGAAUCAGCUGAUAUUCCGACUGACCCGCAGACCUUGUGAGCCAAGUCUGGAGCGCCACCCGUGGCCCUGUAUAACAUAAGGGAAGAGUUCUUGGUACAGGUAUUGGCACAGCUAUUGAAGGUCAUCUGACUUCUUGUACCUACCAAUAAGCCGCUCACUAACACCAGGUUAGUGUAAAUAACAUUCUUGGGAUCCUUAAUGUACAAUACAUUAAUAAUGCACCUUAUGACAGAAACAUGUCAGCUUUAGUACUGGAGUGUCAUUCAGCUGAGUGAGAUGACAAUGGGAUUCAGCUGAGUGAUGUCACAAUGGGAUUCAGCUGAGCGAUGUGAUAAUGGCAUUCAUGUAUACUUUAUACAUGUAUUGAUGAUACAUUCAUAAACACCAUGUUAACCACAAUGCUGUGACAUAUUUUGUUAGCAUAGAUUCUUUUAAUUGACAUCCUACAAAUGCUUCCUUCUUAAUAUAUUUUCCCGUAUUUCUGUGUUUAUUGUACAAGACUUCCGUAUUUCCGUGUUUAUUGUACAAGACUUCCGUAUUUCUGUGUUUAUUGUACAAGACUUCCGUAUUUCUGUGUUUAUUGUACAAGACUUCCGUAUUUCUGUGUUUAUUGUACAAGACUUCCGUAUUUCUGUGUUUAUUGUAUAAGACUUCCGUAUUUCUGUGUUUAUUGUACAAGACUUCCGUAUUUCUGUGUUUAUUGCACAUGACUUCCGUAUUUCUGUGUUUAUUGUUCAAGACGUCCGUAUUUCUGUGUUUAUUGUACAAGACUUCCGUAUUUCUGUGUUUAUUGUACAAGGCACUCAGUCGUAAAUGUAAUGGUGCACCUGCACGUGCUUGAAACAUUGUUUCACGUGAAACGUGCUUGAAACAAAAGGGUAAAUUCAUUUGGGAAAUAUGGUCAGUCGUUAAUGAAAAUUAACUGUGAUCACAUUCCCAAAGACAUAAACAAAUGUAUAAACGUUACUACAUUUGGGGUUAAAGGGCAAAUUUAAAGAUUCUUGUAAUGGCCGCGCCCACACUGGGGGCAGCGAUGUUACCGAGAGUGUAACGAAGGUGUCACGCGCUGGGAAGGAGCUUGACGAUAACAAGUAAAAGGGAGAUAACUCUACCGUAUAUAUUCCAUCACUUACUGAUAAGUAGUCGUGCAUCUUCCGGCACAUGUGUAACAGUAGUGGCCAAUACGUUCAAUAUUUCACAGUCUGUGAUUAGCAGACUAUUAAACAGGUACCAACAAACACAAAAUGAUGACGAUUGACCAAUUUCAGGACGUCAUCGAUUAACGACAAUACAGGAUCGAUUGAUUCAAAACCAGACUCUACGAAAUCGAGGUCAAAAGGCAAAUCCAAUUGCCUUUGAUCAGGUUACUGGAGUACGCUUUCGGGACGGAACAUUAGAAGGCAAGACGUGUGGGUCGACGUUUUUCCUUUUAGGACAACAAACCGUGCAAAACGUGCACGAAUCGUCAAUUCUCACAUCCACCAGCAUAACAUCCAUGGCCAGAAAUGCAGCAACGAGCCCACGCCUUCCCCCGUUGAACACGUCUGGGACAUGACAGGGAGACGUGUGCAUCCCAUGCGGACUCUAUGGAUGUAAUGUCUGGGGACUAUUAACCCUCAAAGAAUAUGAUAUGCUGGAAAUUAUUCAACGUUAUUUCAGUAGAAAAAUACAGGUACUGUUGCUGUGGACAACAUGGGCUUGAUAUCUCUCCAAUCCUUUAUUGACAAACAGUCACUGUUACUACUUGGAAAACUAUGCCGAUCCAGUUACAGCUAUGUUUUUAAAAAGGUAUUCAUUACUCGCCUUGGGCAGUUUAGAUACGAAAUAGCGUUGGAUAACUUCAGAAAACGAUGUGCUUUGUCACCUGUAUAUAACAUGCUUAGACUUGUCAAAAAAUACAAUCUUAAUGCAGAAAUAGAAGAUUAUCUAAUUAAAUGUAGCUUCCCAAGUAAAAAGGCAUGGUCUGAUAUUGUUAAGGAAAGGAUUAUUUUUGCAGACCAGGAAGCUGUAUGCUCUAAGCUGCUAUCUAGACUUAACUUAAAUAGAUAUGUUUCGCUACGUAAUGAUAAAGAACACAGACUCUGGCUAUUUGCAUUUGAACGUCCUGAACAGUUCCCAAACCUGUCUCAUCUUGUACGGCUGGGAUGCCUAAAUAUAGAAUCUAGGGAAUGUCGAUGUAGAAUUGUAGCUCAUGAUAUUAUUAAGCAUGUCUUUUUGUAUUGUACAUUGAAUAUGAAUGACAGAAAUGAACUAUUUGAAAUCAUUUGUGAUGUGAUAGAUGUCUCUACAUUUGCAAGACUAUGUAGUGAGGACGAUGAUAUGAUCCUGUCUGUACUACUUGGCUGUAUGCCUGAGUGUGUUAGCUCUUUAUCUCAAAGUCUAUGGGGUGACCUUAUGGUUCUUGUGUCAAGAUAUUGUAGGAAAUGGCUGUAUCUGUUACAAAACAGUUAUAAGAAUGCUUGAUUGUCAUGCAUUUUGUAGUUAUCAUUUCUAAUAAUAUUGUUCAAUUGUACUACUGUACAGCUCUGUUAUUAUACAUAAUAUCAUAUAUGAUAUGUAUCUUCAAUAUCUGGAGGAAAUAAAGAAUAUCUAUCAAUGCUUAUAACGAACAAGGGUUAUAGCGAACUAAAAUUAGUGGUCCCUUUGAGUUCGUUAUAACCGUAGUUUACUGUACAUGUAUAUGCUUGUGACCACUUAUCUCGAACUGGAGAUAAGAUUACAUUCUCGAACCUUGUACUCCGUCUCAACUUUAACUUUAGCACAGCGAUUUUAUACUUUUAACUCGAAGUUGGCAUUUGCCACAUAAACAUUUUUGAGAAGUGAAAAUAAACAUUUUACCUAGAUAUAUCUGAUAACUUUCCUCACAUAAUCAUCUAACAUCUCUGUAAAUAUACAAUGCAAUUUGAAUCAGUUGUUUAACCAAUAUGAAUUUUCAGACAAUCCGGAUUAUAUUAUGAUAUACAGUGUAUAUGUGUCACAUAUAUUAUACGUUUUUGUACAUCAUAAUUUGAGCACGUAUUCAAACAGAGAAUCUGUGGAAUGCCUAUUGUGUUGUUAAGUAUUGCGAAACUCAUUUUCUUUGAACCUGACUAGGUUGGCAGUGAGGAAUUGGGUUUACAAGAUUGUCCAUUGCCCACAUUGGUCAAUCCAACAUGCAUAUAUGCACCGUAUAUAUUUUGUCAUAGCUAUUAUUGAUCAUUGCCUGCAAAAUACAUUAAAUUUUCAAUUUGCUA